AUGGUGUACGUGGACACGUGGGACGAGUUCGCGGAGAAGGCAGAGGUGCUCUUUCGAGCCGACCCCUCCAAGGUCGGUGGCGUUUUAUCGUUUUCUGCAUGUAACUGGUCUACACGCAACGCAGCUUGUACUCGAUACGGUAUUCCUCACUGUGGGUUCACGAACGAGGAGGAGGAGGUGCUGUUUCGUUCCACCUUUUCCCCCUCCACUCGUUGUGCCCUUCGCCCCUCAUCCGUUCCGCCCUUUCCCCUUCCAUCCGCUCCGCCCUUCCAUGUUCCUCCCAUUCCGCCCUUCCAUGUUCCUCCCAUUCCGCCCUUCCAUGUUCCUCCCAUUCCGCCCUUCCAUGUUCCUCCCAUUCCGCCCUUCCAUGUUCCUCCCAUUCCGCCCUUCCAUGUUCCUCCCAUUCCGCCCUUCCAUUUUCCUCCCAUUCCGCCCUUCCAUGUUCCUCCCAUUCCGCCCUUCCAUGUUCCUCCCAUUCCGCCCUUCCAUGUUCCUCCCAUUCCGUCCUUCCAUGUUCCUCCCAUUCCGCCCUUCCAUGUUCCUCCCAUUCCGCCCUUCCAUGUUCCUCCCAUUCCGCCCUUCCAUGUUCCUCCCAUUCCGCCCUUCCAUGUUUCUCCCAUUCCGCCCUUCCAUGUUCCUCCCAUUCCGCCCUUCCAUGUUCCUCCCAUUCCGCCCUUCCAUGUUCCUCCCAUUCCGCCUUCCAUUUUCCUCCCAUUCCGCCUUCCAUGUUCCUCCCAUUCCGCCCUUCCAUGUUCCUCCCAUUCCGCCCUUCCAUGUUCCUCCCAUUCCGCCCUUCCAUGUUCCUCCCAUUCCGCCUUCCAUUUUCCUCCCAUUCCGCCUUCCAUGUUCCUCCCAUUCCGCCCUUCCAUGUUCCUCCCAUUCCGCCUUCCAUGUUCCUCCCAUUCCGCCCUUCCAUGUUCCUCCCAUUCCGCCCUUCCAUUUCCUCCCAUUCCGCCCUUCCAUUUUCCUCCCAUUCCGCCUUCCAUGUUCCUCCCAUUCCGCCCUUCCAUGUUCCUCCCAUUCCGCCCUUCCACGUUCCUCCCAUUCCGCCCUUCCAUGUUCCUCCCAUUCCGCCCUUCCAUGUUCCUCCCAUUCCGCCCUUCCAUGUUCCUCCCAUUCCGCCCUUCCAUGUUCCUCCCAUUCCGCCCUUCCAUGUUCCUCCCAUUCCGCCCUUCCAUGUUCCUCCCAUUCCGCCUUCCAUGUUCCUCCCAUUCCGCCUUCCAUGUUCCUCCCAUUCCGCCCUUCCAUGUUCCUCCCAUUCCGCCCUUCCAUGUUCCUCCCAUUCCGCCUUCCAUGUUCCUCCCAUUCCGCCCUUCCAUGUUCCUCCCAUUCCGCCCUUCCAUGUUCCUCCCAUUCCGCCCUUCCAUGUUCCUCCCAUUCCGCCCUUCCAUGUUCCUCCCAUUCCGCCCUUCCAUGUUCCUCCCAUUCCGCCCUUCCAUGUUCCUCCCAUUCCGCCCUUCCAUGUUCCUCCCAUUCCGCCCUUCCAUGUUCCUCCCAUUCCGCCCUUCCAUGUUCCUCCCAUUCCGCCUUCCAUUUCCUCCCAUUCCGCCUUCCAUGUUCCUCCCAUUCCGCCCUUCCAUGUUCCUCCCAUUCCGCCCUUCCAUGUUCCUCCCAUUCCGCCCUUCCAUGUUCCUCCCAUUCCGCCCUUCCAUGUUCCUCCCAUUCCGCCCUUCCAUGUUCCUCCCAUUCCGCCCUUCCAUGUUCCUCCCAUUCCGCCUUCCAUGUUCCUCCCAUUCCGCCCUUCCAUGUUCCUCCCAUUCCGCCUUCCAUGUUCCUCCCAUUCCGCCCUUCCAUGUUCCUCCCAUUCCGCCCUUCCAUUUCCUCCCAUUCCGCCUUCCAUGUUCCUCCCAUUCCGCCCUUCCAUGUUCCUCCCAUUCCGCCCUUCCAUGUUCCUCCCAUUCCGCCCUUCCACGUUCCUCCCAUUCCGCCCUUCCACGUUCCUCCCAUUCCGCCCUUCCACGUUCCUCCCAUUCCGCCCUUCCAUGUUCCUCCCAUUCCGCCCUUCCAUGUUCCUCCCAUUCCGCCCUUCCAUGUUCCUCCCAUUCCGCCCUUCCAUGUUCCUCCCAUUCCGCCCUUCCAUGUUCCUCCCAUUCCGCCUUCCAUGUUCCUCCCAUUCCGCCCUUCCAUGUUCCUCCCAUUCCGCCCUUCCAUGUUCCUCCCAUUCCGCCCUUCCAUGUUCCUCCCAUUCCGCCUUUCCAUGUUCCUCCCAUUCCGCCCUUCCAUGUUCCUCCCAUUCCGCCCUUCCAUGUUCCUCCCAUUCCGCCUUCCAUGUUCCUCCCAUUCCGCCCUUCCAUGUUCCUCCCAUUCCGCCUUCCAUGUUCCUCCCAUUCCGCCCUUCCAUGUUCCUCCCAUUCCGCCCUUCCAUUUCCUCCCAUUCCGCCCUUCCAUGUUCCUCCCAUUCCGCCCUUCCAUGUUCCUCCCAUUCCGCCCUUCCAUGUUCCUCCCAUUCCGCCCUUCCAUGUUCCUCCCAUUCCGCCCUUCCAUGUUCCUCCCAUUCCGCCCUUCCAUGUUCCUCCCAUUCCGCCCUUCCAUGUUCCUCCCAUUCCGCCCUUCCAUGUUCCUCCCAUUCCGCCCUUCCAUGUUCCUCCCAUUCCGCCUUCCAUGUUCCUCCCAUUCCGCCCUUCCAUGUUCCUCCCAUUCUGCCCUUCCAUGUUCCUCCCAUUCCGCCCUUCCAUGUUCCUCCCAUUCCGCCCUUCCAUGUUCCUCCCAUUCCGCCCUUCCAUGUUCCUCCCAUUCCGCCCUUCCAUGUUCCUCCCAUUCCGCCCUUCCAUGUUCCUCCCAUUCCGCCCUUCCAUGUUCCUCCCAUUCCGCCCUUCCAUGUUCCUCCCAUUCCGCCCUUCCAUGUUCCUCCCAUUCCGCCCUUCCAUGUUCCUCCCAUUCCGCCCUUCCAUGUUCCUCCCAUUCCGCCCUUCCAUGUUCCUCCCAUUCCGCCCUUCCAUGUUCCUCCCAUUCCGCCUUCCAUUUUCCUCCCAUUCCGCCUUCCAUGUUCCUCCCAUUCCGCCCUUCCAUGUUCCUCCCAUUCCGCCCUUCCAUGUUCCUCCCAUUCCGCCCUUCCAUGUUCCUCCCAUUCCGCCCUUCCAUGUUCCUCCCAUUCCGCCCUUCCAUGUUCCUCCCAUUCCGCCCUUCCAUGUUCCUCCCAUUCCGCCCUCCAUGUUCCUCCCAUUCCGCCCUUCCAUGUUCCUCCCAUUCCGCCUUCCAUGUUCCUCCCAUUCCGCCCUUCCAUGUUCCUCCCAUUCCGCCCUUCCAUUUUCCUCCCAUUCCGCCUUCCAUGUUCCUCCCAUUCCGCCCUUCCAUGUUCCUCCCAUUCCGCCCUUCCAUGUUCCUCCCAUUCCGCCCUUCCAUGUUUCUCCCAUUCCGCCCUUCCAUGUUCCUCCCAUUCCGCCCUUCCAUGUUCCUCCCAUUCCGCCCUUCCAUGUUCCUCCCAUUCCGCCCUUCCAUGUUCCUCCCAUUCCGCCCUUCCAUGUUCCUCCCAUUCCGCCCUUCCAUGUUCCUCCCAUUCCGCCCUUCCAUGUUCCUCCCAUUCCGCCUUCCAUUUCCUCCCAUUCCGCCUUCCAUGUUCCUCCCAUUCCGCCCUUCCAUGUUCCUCCCAUUCCGCCCUUCCAUGUUCCUCCCAUUCCGCCCUUCCAUGUUCCUCCCAUUCCGCCCUUCCAUGUUCCUCCCAUUCCGCCUUCCAUGUUCCUCCCAUUCCGCCCUUCCAUGUUCCUCCCAUUCCGCCCUUCCAUGUUCCUCCCAUUCCGCCCUUCCAUGUUCCUCCCAUUCCGCCCUUCCAUGUUCCUCCCAUUCCGCCCUUCCAUGUUCCUCCCAUUCCGCCCUUCCAUGUUCCUCCCAUUCCGCCCUUCCAUGUUCCUCCCGUUCCGCCCUUCCAUGUUCCUCCCGUUCCGCCCUUCCAUGCUCCUCCCGUUCCGCCCUUCCAUGCACCUCCCAUUCCGCCCUUCCAUGCUCCUCCCAUUCCGCCCUUCCAUGUUCCUCCCAUUCCGCCCUUCCAUGUUCCUCCCAUUCCGCCCUUCCAUGUUCCUCCCAUUCCGCCCUUCCAUGUUCCUCCCAUUCCGCCCUUCCAUGUUCCUCCCAUUCCGCCCUUCCAUGUUCCUCCCAUUCCGCCCUUCCAUGUUCCUCCCAUUCCGCCCUUCCAUGUUCCUCCCAUUCCGCCCUUCCAUGUUCCUCCCAUUCCGCCCUUCCAUGUUCCUCCCAUUCCGCCCUUCCAUGUUCCUCCCAUUCCGCCCUUCCAUGUUCCUCCCAUUCCGCCCUUCCAUGCUCCUCCCAUUCCGCCCUUCCAUGUUCCUCCCAUUCCGCCCUUCCAUGUUCCUCCCAUUCCGCCCUUCCAUGUUCCUCCCAUUCCGCCCUUCCAUGUUCCUCCCAUUCCGCCCUUCCAUGUUCCUCCCAUUCCGCCCUUCCAUGUUCCUCCCAUUCCGCCCUUCCAUGUUCCUCCCAUUCCGCCCUUCCAUGUUCCUCCCAUUCCGCCCUUCCAUGUUCCUCCCAUUCCGCCCUUCCAUGUUCCUCCCAUUCCGCCCUUCCAUGUUCCUCCCAUUCCGCCCUUCCAUGUUCCUCCCAUUCCGCCCUUCCAUGUUCCUCCCAUUCCGCCCUUCCAUGUUCCUCCCAUUCCGCCCUUCCAUGUUCCUCCCAUUCCGCCCUUCCAUGUUCCUCCCAUUCCGCCCUUCCAUGCUCCUCCCAUUCCGCCCUUCCAUGUUCCUCCCAUUCCGCCCUUCCAUGUUCCUCCCAUUCCGCCCUUCCAUGCUCCUCCCAUUCCGCCCUUCCAUGUUCCUCCCAUUCCGCCCUUCCAUGUUCCUCCCAUUCCGCCCUUCCAUGUUCCUCCCAUUCCGCCCUUCCAUGUUCCUCCCAUUCCGCCCUUCCAUGUUCCUCCCAUUCCGCCCUUCCAUGUUCCUCCCAUUCCGCCCUUCCAUGUUCCUCCCAUUCCGCCCUUCCAUGUUCCUCCCAUUCCGCCCUUCCAUGUUCCUCCCAUUCCGCCCUUCCAUGUUCCUCCCAUUCCGCCCUUCCAUGCUCCUCCCAUUCCGCCCUUCCAUGCUCCUCCCAUUCCGCCCUUCCAUGUUCCUCCCAUUCCGCCCUUCCAUGCUCCUCCCAUUCCGCCCUUCCAUGCUCCUCCCAUUCCGCCCUUCCAUGUUCCUCCCAUUCCGCCCUUCCAUGUUCCUCCCAUUCCGCCCUUCCAUGUUCCUCCCAUUCCGCCCUUCCAUGUUCCUCCCAUUCCGCCCUUCCAUGCUCCUCCCAUUCCGCCCUUCCAUGUUCCUCCCAUUCCGCCCUUCCAUGUUCCUCCCAUUCCGCCCUUCCAUGUUCCUCCCAUCAUGUUCCUCCCAUUCCGCCCUUCCAUGUUCCUCCCAUUCCGCCCUUCCAUGUUCCUCCCAUUCCGCCCUUCCAUGUUCCUCCCAUUCCGCCCUUCCAUGUUCCUCCCAUUCCGCCCUUCCAUGUUCCUCCCAUUCCGCCCUUCCAUGUUCCUCCCAUUCCGCCCUUCCAUGUUCCUCCCAUUCCGCCCUUCCAUGUUCCUCCCAUUCCGCCCUUCCAUGUUCCUCCCAUUCCGCCCUUCCAUGUUCCUCCCGUUCCGCCCUUCCAUGUUCCUCCCGUUCCGCCCUUCCAUGCUCCUCCCGUUCCGCCCUUCCAUGCACCUCCCAUUCCGCCCUUCCAUGCUCCUCCCAUUCCGCCCUUCCAUGUUCCUCCCAUUCCGCCCUUCCAUGUUCCUCCCAUUCCGCCCUUCCAUGUUCCUCCCAUUCCGCCCUUCCAUGUUCCUCCCAUUCCGCCCUUCCAUGCUCCUCCCAUUCCGCCCUUCCAUGUUCCUCCCAUUCCGCCCUUCCAUGUUCCUCCCAUUCCGCCCUUCCAUGCUCCUCCCAUUCCGCCCUUCCAUGUUCCUCCCAUUCCGCCCUUCCAUGUUCCUCCCAUUCCGCCCUUCCAUGUUCCUCCCAUUCCGCCCUUCCAUGUUCCUCCCAUUCCGCCCUUCCAUGCUCCUCCCAUUCCGCCCUUCCAUGUUCCUCCCAUUCCGCCCUUCCAUGUUCCUCCCAUUCCGCCCUUCCAUGUUCCUCCCAUUCCGCCCUUCCAUGUUCCUCCCAUUCCGCCCUUCCAUGUUCCUCCCAUUCCGCCCUUCCAUGUUCCUCCCAUUCCGCCCUUCCGUGUUCCUCCCAUUCCACCCUUCCAUGUUCCUCCCAUUCCGCCCUUCCAUGUUCCUCCCAUUCCGCCCUUCCAUGUUCCUCCCAUUCCGCCCUUCCAUGUUCCUCCCAUUCCACCCUUCCAUGUUCCUCCCAUUCCGCCCUUCCAUGUUCCUCCCAUUCCGCCCUUCCAUGUUCCUCCCAUUCCGCCCUUCCAUGUUCUCUCUCUCUCCCACCUUCUCUUCCCCUCCCUCCCCGCCUCCCUUUCAUCCCCCUUUCCUUUCCCUGCACCCUUCUGAACCGCACUUUCCGCUAUGUGAGCAAGUACCGCCACUGCGAUGGCAAGCUGGUGCUUAAAGCCACAGACGACCGCGUGUGCAUCAAGUUCCGCACGGACCAAGCUCAGGACGCCAAGAAGAUGGAGCGCCUCAACAACCUGCUCUUCACGCUCAUGGCCCGCGGCCCAGACGGUACGAAAGAGGCUGCACAUGCACACGCGAACGCAUGGUAG